CCGAAUUCAACCAAAUCCCCACUAAAACCAAAGUUGAACACACAAGCCAUGGCCGAGGAAAAGCUUUCUAAAAAGCAGCAGAAGGCCCUCUCCUUCAGAAAAAGCAAAGAGGAGAGGACGCAGGAGAAGAUCGAGAAGAAAACCAAGAAAGAGCUGGAUUCAAGUCUGAAGAGAAAGCUAGACGAGGAAACACAACCCGAAAGCAGCGAGGAAAAGAAAGCGGCGAACGGCGAAGCGGAUAAGACCGACGGCGAGCCCGAAAAAAAGAAAAGAAAGACCCGCAGAGGCAAGAAAGGCAAGGGUGUCAACGGGGGCAAGGGCCCCCGGUUCAUUCUCUUUGUGGGCAAUCUUCCCUACGACACACAGCAGGCAGAAUUAGACACACACUUCAAAAACGCCAAGCCGGACCGGAUCCGGAUCCGCCGCGAGAAGGGCAUUGCUUUUUUGGAGUUUGACAACGACAACCAGGCCAUCCAGAGCAAGAUGGACCAUGCUCUUGGAAUGCACCAUCUGGUGUUCCGCGACAGGAAGAUCAAUGUGGAGCUCACUGUGGGCGGCGGUGGAAACUCGGAAGUCCGCACGCAAAAGCUCAAGGAGAAAAACGACAAGUUGAUGGACGAGCGGAAAGAAAAGGUGAAGAAAGAGUUGGCCAAGCGGACGCUGAAAACCGACCAGGACCUGGCUGCGGCGGGCGGCAUGCACCCAGCCAGAGCUGCUUUGUUGAAGCAGUGA